AUGGUCCCAAUGCCCAAAUCCAGACCCCCCUCCCAAGUCCUCGACUUCACGGUCCUCCCCCUCCACCGUCCCGCUCUCCCCUCCUACCCACUGAAAAGGACACACUACCUCUACAUCCGGUCCAACGCACCCAGAAUACCAACCGAAGACACCCCCCGCGAGAUCUUCGUCAAGAACGUCCCAAUCGACGCCACAGAAACACAUUUCAAAGCCCUCUUCGCAGACAACCUAGGCGGCGCAAGAAUAGAAAACGUCGACUUCGAAGACGCAAGAGUCGCGAAAGGCAUUCGCGCGCCUGCAGCGCAGGGUAAGAAGCGCAAACGCGGCGCGGACGAUGAAGAUGCGAAGCCGGAGGAGGUGGGCCAGCUACCGAAGACAUGGGAUCGGGAGGUCCAUCGCAGUGGCAGCACGGCUGUGAUACGGUGUGUCGACCGUCCGAGCGCGGAGAUGGCGUUACGGGAGGCGAGGAAGGCUGUGAAGACUGGGAGGGAGAUUGUUUGGGGUGAGGGUGUGGAGGGGAAGGUCCCGCUGUUGGGGAAGGAGAGGUAUGCGGCGCAUCAUAAGCUGCGCUACCCCGAUCAAGCGGUUCUGCAGUCGAGCGUGGAUCGGUUCAUGGAGGCUUUCUCGGCGCAGGAAGAGGAGAAAGCGAGGUUGUUGGCGAGUCAGCGGGCGGAGCCCGAUGAGGAUGGAUUUAUAACGGUGACGAGGGGUGGGAGGACAGGGCCGGCGAGGGAGGAAGAGACGAAGGGGAAGGAAGAGGAGUUCAAGAAGAGGGAGAAGAAUAGGGUCAAGGAUGAUUUUUACCGGUUCCAGGUGCGGGAGAAGAAGAAGGAGAAGGCGAAGGAUCUUGUUAGGGGGUUUGAGGAGGAUAGACGGAAGGUGGAGGAGAUGCGGAGGAGGAGGGGGAAGGUGAGGCCGGAGUGA